UGAAAUGGGACUGCACGAUUGGUGAAUUAGUUCAUUAUUAUGUGUAACAGGCUGCAUGUUUAUGUGUCAUGGCAUCUCCAGGUGAAGGCCAGCAUCACUCCUGAUGCUCUGUGUGUAGCAUUAAACCCUGCGGUGGAGUAAUUUCCUGCACCUUGGCUCAUCCAGAAAUCAUGGCAGACCCUGAACUGCAGACUUUCACGUCUGUAAUGGACGCGCUCGUGCGCAUUAGUUCCAAUAUGAAGAGUAUGGAGCGGGAGCUCCGCUGUCCGGUGUGUGAGGAAAUGGUGAAGCAGCCGAUUGUGUUGCCGUGCCUGCACAGUGUGUGUGUGUUGUGUGCGGCAGAAGUAUUGGUGCAGAGAGGUUACCCUCCUCCUGAACUCCCACCAGAGCCCAACACCCCCACGUCAAGCCCCAGCACCCGCUCACCACGACACACUCGCCGACCACCACCCAAAACUGAGCGCCUCGAGCGCGUGCUCAAAACAGUAUGUGGCACCUAUCCAGGCCGGAGACGGAAAGACACGAUUCUUCUGAACAUGUUGUUUCCGUGUCCGACUUGUUGCCGGGAUGUAGAGCUGGGAGAGCGAGGCCUUGCUGACUGCCUACGCAAUCUCACACUGGAGCGUAUCAUUGAAAGGUACAGACAGACAGUGAUUCUAGGCAGCAUGGCAGUGAUGUGUCAGUUCUGCAAGCCCCCUCAAGCACUGGAAGCCACUAAAGGCUGCGCUGACUGCCGGGCUAAUUUCUGUAACGAGUGUUUUAAGUUGUACCACCCCUGGGGUACUCCACGUGCCCAACAUGAGCACAUUCUGCCAACACACAGUUUCAGACCCAAGAUGCUGGUGUGUGUUGAGCACGAACAGGAGCGGAUGCAGUUUUACUGCCGCUCAUGUCAGCGUCUGUUGUGCGCGCUCUGUAAGCUACGUCGUGUUCACAAUGGGCAUAAGGUCAUGCCCAUUGCACACGCCUACCAGACUUUGAAGGAUAAAAUUAUGAAGCAGAUGAACUACAUUCUGUCUCAUCAAGAGAGAGUGCAGGCCCAAAUCACUCAAGUGGAGAGUGCCAUCGCUCAGACAGAGGUGAACAGUGCUAUUGCGAAAGAGCAGCUGAAUCAGUAUGUGAACAGUAUGUGUGAAGAGCUGGCUGAACGGCAGUGUUCUCUGAUCAAAACUUUGGAGGAGACUCGUGUUCAAAAAUCAGAAGCUCUGAACACACAACUUUCAGAGAAGCAGAGUCUGCUGGACAAUGCUGGGCUCAUCAUGUACACACAGGAGCUGCUGAAAGAAAACGAUCAGCCAUGCUUCGUGCAGGCCGCCAGAGUCACCCACAACCGGUUGGUUACAGCUAUAGAAAACUUGCAGCGCUUCUCCCUCUCUGCAGAUCCCUCAUUCCGCCGCUUCCAUGUGGACAUCUCCAGAGAACUCAAGCUAAUCAGCAGCAUGAAUUUCAUUCAAGCUCCACUGGCUCCUGUAAUCGACACCCAAAAGACUUUGGCCUACGAUCAGCUGUACCUGUGCUGGCGCCUCCCACAGGACUCUGCUCCUGCCUGGCACUACUCUGUGGAGUAUCAGAGAAAAGAUGGCAGAGAUGGACCUUUGUGGGGCGGGGUCAAAUCUGAAGGAUCUGGAGGCCCUAACAGUCCGUGGCAGCGCAUGGACGAGGUAGGUGGGACUAGUGCAGUGAUUGACAGACUGGAGAUGGACAGCGUGUAUGUGCUGAGAGUCCGAGGCUGCAACAAGGCGGGAUUUGGGGAGUACAGUGAGGAAGUGUAUCUACACACACCACCUGCACAAGUGCUGUCAUUUUGUCUGGACUCUCGCUGGGGGCUCCAUGCUGAGCGUGUGGCACUGGGUAAGGGGCAGACAUAUGCCCGUAGCGUGCCUGGUCUAACUUUGCUACAGGCCGCCGACCAUGCCCUCACAUCCUUUCAUCUGACCUCUGACCUCCUGGUGGCGGACGUGUCAAUCACGCAGGGUCGUCACUACUGGGCAUGUUCAGUGGAGCCUGGUUCCUACUUAGUCAAGGUUGGUGUUGGUCUAGAAACAAAGCUUCAAGAAUGGUUUCAUUUACCACAGGACAUGGCAAGUCCCCGAUACGAUCCUGACAGUGGGCAUGACAGUGGAGCAGAAGAUGCCCAGGACUGUCCACCUCCAUUCUGCUUCCUCACCAUGGGCAUGGGUAAGAUUCUCAUGCCCAAAUCAGGGGCCUCUAACGGCAUGUCUGGCCCUCUCACUGCCCCUCUGCCUCCACGCCUCGGCGUAUGUCUGGACUUUGAUAAAGGACGCAUUACUUUCUAUGAUGCCCACUCGCUCCGAGUUCUGUGGGAUGGGACUGUCGAUUGCUCCGCCCCUGUUUGCCCGGCCUUUUGCUUCAUUGGUGGAGGGGCGCUGCAGUUGCAGGAGCUGAUAGCCAAUCGCAGCAUGGAGCAAGCCCCGCCCAGGAGAGUCACCAUUCAGUCACAUGCUACAAAUCUGAGUAAUUGAAGCCAUAAAACAGUUCUACAGGAAACUUGUAA